UCACAGGUGAAAGGGGAUAGUGGGAUUUUCCUUCAUCAGCAGUUCCAAGGGUAAUGGAAUGAGGAAACAAGAAGAUGAACAAUUCUACCAAUAUGGUAGAUUUUGAUCUGUCACCUACGGUUGACUAUGACAAUUUUGCAGUGCCGGUGUACAAUGAAGCUUCCAGUAAAUUUUAUUCCAAUUUGGUGCCACCACUUUACUCUUUGGUAUUUAUAUUUGGCCUUCUGGGCAACACACUUGUUGUACUGGUCCUCAUCGGAUACAAGAAACUGAAGACCUUGACUGAUAUCUACCUGCUCAAUUUAGCCAUUUCUGACUUGCUUUUCAUUUUCUCCCUCCCAUUUUGGGCAUACAGUGCAAAACAUGGGUGGAUAUUUGGAAAUGCAAUGUGCAAGAUCCUAUCAGCCAUUUAUGAUGCAGGCUUCUACAGAGGAAGUUUCUUUAUCAUUCUUUUGACUAUUGAUAGAUACCUGGCCAUUGUUCAUGCAGUGUUUGCACUGAAAGCUAGGAGAGUUGUCUAUGGCAUCCUCAUAAGUGGUAUCACAUGGGGGGUGGCAUUCUUGGCCUCUGUGCCAGGGUUUCUAUUUUUCCAGAGCCAACAAGGAAUUAAUUACUGGAUCUGCACAUCUUAUUAUCCUUCAAGAAAAUGGAAGGAAUUUGUAAUGUUAAUGAUGCUCAUUUUGGGCCUUGUCAUUCCAUGGAGCAUUAUGGCUUUCUGCUAUAUUCAGAUUAUAAAUAUUUUGAAAAAGUAUAGGCAUGAGAGAAAGCAGAAAGCUAUUAGGCUGAUUUUUGUGAUCAUGAUCGUGUAUUUCAUCUUCUGGGUGCCAUUCAACAUUGCCAAUCUGCUGAACACCUACCAAGAUACAUUUUUCUCAUGUAGCUCUGAACAUGAUUGUGGUGGUGGCAACUUAACUUUAGCGAUCCAAGUGACAGAAACAAUUGCUAUGGCCCACUGUUGCAUCAAUCCCGUACUUUAUGGAUUUGUGGGAGAAAAAUUUAGGAAAUACCUCUCUGUCUUUUGCCAAAAACACAGUCGGUUCUUUCCAGGUCUUGCUCGCCCUAUUUUGGAACGAUCUACUUCGUCUUACAGCACCACAGAAUACAAUAUUUCUGUAGGUUUAUGA